AUGCUCAAUAAUUCUUUAGUUUCUCAUCAAUUUCAAAAUCCACUCAUAUAGUAUCCCUUACCUGUUCCAAACCCUACUUAAGCUAUUUCUGCUAGACAAAAAAUCCAUGUCGCCAACUUACCUUUAAAUGUCACAACCUAAUAAUUGCAAUAAACCUUUUAAACUUAUGGAAACAUUUUAGACAUCAGGAUCAUCAGAAAAACACCUACAGGAUUACCUUUACAUAUUUCAUGUUAUGCUUUUAUUGCUUUUGCUGAUAAUGAUGCGGCUGAUAAGGCAAUUCAAGAUGGUAGAAUCGGGGAUUGGACUGUGAAGCCUUAAAUCGAUAAACAAGCUUUUACUAAAUGCAAGUCUAGAUCUCGAUCCAGAUCUUAGGAGAAAAACAAACAAGUAUUAACUAAUGGACCCAUUACUCCUUUGGAGCCAUCUCCAAGAAUAUAAACUCAACUUUUUGUUAGAGAAUUGUUUGUUAGUGGAAUAUCCAAGAAUUAUGAUGAAUUGAAGAUUCGCUAGAUUUUUUCAUAAUUUGGCCCUAUAGAGAGGGUUGAUCUGUAUCCUAAUAAGCAUAAUAUAUUUAACAGUUAUAUAAAAUUUUUUACUAUAGAUUAAGCUAUUUCUGCCUAUGAAGAAAUGGAUAGUAUUUAAUAAUAAUUUUCUACUUAAAUAAAAAUUUAUUUUUCUGACCCUAUAAAAAGACACAAUAUUGUUGGCAAUAAUUUAUCAAAUGAGUAACAUUCUAAACUUUCAUCACUAUUAUUUAUAUUUUUUCCUCCUAAUUUAAAUAAAAAAGUUGAUCAUGCGUUUUUGUUUGAAAUAUGCCAGAAUCAUUAAUGCCAACCUCUCCAAUGGAAUCACAUUCAACAAGAUCCAAAUUAUAAAUCAUACACUCUUCUAUAAUUCAGGGACACAAAACAAGCAAUCCAGAUAAGAAACUACCUACAAUAGCAUUUAGUAGACCUCUUAGGCGAUUCAAAGUGCGAAGUGGGAAUAGUCUCACUUCCAACGAAGCUCAUCUAAUAACAACAACAACAACCACCACAACAAUAUCAACCAAUCCAAAUGAUCCCAUAACAACCACUACCAAAUAAUAUGAUGAUGAUACCCCAAGUCACAUAACCCUUUUAGUGUAACUAUUAGCCACUCUUCAUCCCUUAAUAAGUCAUGUUCCAGUAGCCAAAAUAGUAGCAAUUCAUGAUGCCUAAACAAGAUCGAAGGAUGUAUCAUCAAUUCGUAGAUCCAACAUAAUUUAAUCUUCCCUAAUAAAUUCAACCUCAAGAUUAAGAUAUGAAAAUCAAACUGAAUACCAAUCUUAAUGGAAACCAAGAGAUUCUGGAUGGGUUUUUAAACUUCGACACUAAUCCACAAUAAUAGUAGCGAUAAGAUUGGGAUACAUUUUGGAGUGGAUUUAUGUUUAGAAGCAAGAGUCAUAAGGUUGGAGUGGAUGCCAAAUGUUAAGAAUCAGAAGCUCCCAUAACUAUGUCUCCAUAAAUAUAAGUGAAUUAUAAGGGAAACUUUACUGAUGCCAAGAAGUUAGCCAACGAGGCUUUCAAAUUCAUUCUCUGUCCUUCCGAUGCCACUUAGAAUACCGUGUUUUAGGAAUACAUAGAUUAUUUUUCAGAAAAGAAUAAGAUUGGGGUUGCAUAUGUAGGAAAUAGCCACCUCUAUUUACUCCCACCAAAUGAAAUCACAAACUCCAUCUUGCCAAUACAAGGAUUAGAAAUAUUAGCGCUGUACAUUGAAGAUAAGAAAAAAUUCAUCAAUUCCAAUUAAGAUCAUGUGUUAUGA